GCGAGCUUGCUGCCUUCGGCGUGCGUGUCUCUUCAGGAAACUUUCUGGCAUCGCGUGUACCUCCGUAGUCCGGAAUACGAACGCCUUAGCGCACGCCGCGUGCUGUGAACCGCUCAAAUGGCCAGGAGUUCUCGAUUCAAGCGAGGUGUUUGUUGUUAUCGUCGCAGUAUCGCUUUAAUCGCAUUCACUUGGAUUUGGAGUUUACCCGGAAUCGUUGGCCAAGCAGACUACGACGGCAAAAGCGGCCCAAAUACGCCACUUCGCCUGAACGUCUUGGAAGGCGAGCCGACGUCACUUCCGUGCCCCAUCAACACGGCAACCCGUGAGCCAAUCUCAGCCGUCUGGUUCCACGUCUCAACCCACGCCUACAAAGAAUACGGCAGCUCACCGUACUACACCAACGGCCACCUGCAGGCGAAGAGGGUUUACGCGAUCGAAGCCCCAGAGCCGUCUGCCACGGCAUUGGGAGGAACUGGCGGCCUGGUGGACGGAACGCACUGGAAGCGGCCAUCUUGGUCGGGCAGGGCGUUCUUCUCGCUUCUCAGCGACCCACCCGCUUUGCGGCUCAACCGCUUGGAGCGCUCCGACAGCGGAAACUACGACUGCAACGUCACCUACCGCGACAACGUCACUUCCGCCACGGUAGUGGUGACCGAGUCCCGCGUUGAGCUUUUCGUGGCCGCGCAGGCAUGCCCGCCUCUCAUCAAAGACGCCAGGGGCGCGACGAUCAAGGACAUGGCUGGACCGUACGCCGAGGGAGAGGCCGUGCGACUGACCUGCGAAAUAGAAACGUGUGACCACGACGUCACGCUCACGUGGUACCAGAACGGCACGCAGUUGAGGACGGCCCGCGGAACAGUGGCGACAUCCGACGGUGGCUGGAAGAACCUAGUCACCGUGGGCCCCCUGAGUCGCCGCGAUCUGCACUCGAACAUCACCUGCGUCGCCGCGAGCAACGUCUCGCUACCCGGAUCGGCCACGGUGCUUCUCGAUCUAUACAUGGCACCAACGGCAGUUACCAUCUGGAGCUGGCCCGCGCAGCAGACUGACGCCCCUUCAGGGUGGAUCGGCCUGCCCGGCACAGCUAUACAGCGCGAGCCACCGAAUAAAACCGCCGCAGCGGAUACGGCCAUCGGCUCCAGCAUUCCAUUGUCCUCGGACGCCAAGGUGGCAAAAAGUGACGCUGGUGCGCCUGCGUCGUUUGGUUCGCCUUCCCAACGCUUCCCCGCGAAGCCCAGGAGCUUCGAGUGCGAAGCCACUGGUAGCCGACCGGCGGCAAACGUCACGUGGUUUAUGGACGGCACGGCAGUAGACCCGGCUUUCAGCCGAAGCGUGACCGAGGGCAACGUGACCACGAGCAUGCUUCUGCUGCCGGCGUCGGCCCAGUCGGGCAGGCUGCUCGAGUGCCGCGCCAUCAACGGCAACCUGCCCGAGAGCCGAGGCGUGCUCAGCCGUUUCCUCAAAGUGGACAUGUCGCACAAGACGGAGGUGAGUAUUAGGCUUGGUGCGGGCCUCAACGCGAGCCGCAUCGUCGAAGGUGCGGACGUGUACAUGGAGUGCUCGGUGCUUGCUGCCUCCAAGGUCACAGAGGUCACCUGGCGUCGCGACGGGACAGAAAUCAAGGGGUUCGCCAGCGGCGAAGGGUCGUCGGACGCUCUGGUCACCUCGCGCUACCUGGUCAUCCGAGGGGUGACCGUCGACCAGACCGGAAGGUACACCUGCACGGCCAACACUGAUGACGGAGAGAGCGUGGAGAGCGCCCCGCUGGAGGUCCGCGUCAGACACGCGCCACGGUGCGGCGUACGACGCGAAACGCUCCUAUCGGCGCGGCUCAACGAGCCACUGAACGUGACCUGCGACGUGAGCGCGGAUCCCAGCGAAGGACUGCGCUUCUUCUGGAUCGCCGAGGACGACACAGGGAAGAGGCGUCACGUGACGCGGAGAGAGGGCGCCACCGGAGCCGAGCAGGCGGACUUCGAAGACCGGCCACCGGAAGUGCAGGACUCGAACCGACUCGAAGUGCUCGUCGACCCACACUUGUUUCACACGACGCUCCUCUGCUGGGCGAGGAAUAGCGUGGGAACGCAGCGAGAGCCUUGCAGACACCGGUUCCAGUUAAGGCGCGAGCGAGCGUCCAGCCUUGAAUGCGUGGUGGGUAACUACACGGAUACGUCAUUCUCAGUCACGUGUGCGUCGCGCCGACGCGGUCAUGCCAGGAGCGGCGGCGACGACCACGGAGCGGCGAAGGCCCGGUUGCGCAUCGAGCUGUUCGAUGCGACGGCGGGUAACCGGUCGGUGCGGGGCUUCUGGGUCGCGACCCAGUCUGGCAGCGCAACCGGCGCCGGCGGUGAGCCGCAGUUCCUGACGGGUCUCAAACCGGCCACGGACUACCUGGUGGUGGCGCGGCUAGAACCGGAAGCGAACGUGUUCGCCACUUACGUCAGGACCCUGGCGCCUGCCCAGACUGUCAGAGAACGGGAAGAGCGCGCCUCGACGGCCGAAAGCACGACCAGGGUGCCUCCCAUGAUGACUACGAUCGCCGUCAUCGUUUGCAUCGUUGCGACCGCCACGUUAGGCCUAGCAGCCACCUGCACGGCGCUGUGGUUCAAGCACCACAGGAGACGAUCGCGACUGCUGAGAGCCGCCGCGGCUCGAAAGCACGCCGAACACAAGGCGUACCUCGCCGCAGACGCUUCGUGCAGCUGAUACUGCGGACACAAGCGGAACGCGUUCGCCAUGAGCACUCUCAUAGUUUCCUCACAUUCACUGUGUUCGCACCUUCAUGUCCUUACCAACAGUGUCGCUCACGAUGAAACAUCGCAAGAACGAUACGUGCCUUCACUUUCAAAUGUGUGCUUUAUCACCCUUCUCGACACUGUGCGUCGUUAGAUGCGUUAAAGGGAAGCUUUACCUCAAGCGCCUCAAUCUAAAUACAGUAAAACCUCGAUAUAACGAAGUUGAAGGGAGAGCCAGAGUUACUUCGUUAUUUACCUUAUUGCAUGGACUGUGCCAGGAGUCUCUAUAAUGAUUUGAAUAAAAAUUUUACGUGCUUCGAUCGUCAGGUGCAUUAUUUCGUUAUAUCCGGUUUCGUUAUAACAAAAAAUUAAAUUAUGGAGUUUUGCGUGCCGAAACCACUUUCAGAUUAUGCGGCACGCCGUAGUGGAGGACUCCGGAAAUGUCGACCGCCUGGGUUUCCUUAACGUGCUCCUAAAUCUAAGUACAUGGGUGUUUUCGCAUUUCGUCCCCAUCGAAAUGCGGCCGCCGUGACCGGGACUCAAUCCCGCGACCUCGUGCUUGGCAGGCCAACACCAUAGCCAGUGAGCAACCACGGCGCGUUCGUUAUAACGAGGGUUCCCUGUACAUGGGGACGGAGAAAUCUUUUUUCUCGGUAAACACUACGUGUAUUUUGAUGAGGUUUGUUGCAUUUAUGUGUUAGACGCAUACAUAUUGACUGCUUGGAGUGAAAUUUCAUCUGGGUUAUUGUUUAUACGAAAAAUUUUGAAUACUGCAAAAUAAAAAAAAAUCAUAGAUCUGCACUAUUAGAUUUAGCGCUCCAAAUCAUCAAUAAAAAUAUAUCAGAGUUCUGACAACUGAGCCCAUUUCAGACGUCUAAGAUGAACAAAAUCACUGUAUUGUGCAACACUCUACAGUAUAUACCACUAAUUGCCGGUAGAGAUUUUUAAAAACCAUCAUAAGCAUGGCAACAACUUCACGUAAACUGCAAACCUAUGUAACAAAUCUGUCCGCUUUUGAUGUUCCUUCAAAUAAAGUGUGGAGCAGUGCGAUAUGUGUAUUUAGUGCAGAGUUGUGGAUUUGUAAAUAUGUCUCCUUGAGUUUUGUUUCCUACCAUACUUCAGCACUUUUUAUUAAAAGUCUUCACACCUCGAAUCAAUGUUAUGCUGCAAACAGCAUAACUACCAAUUUCUACUUCAUUUCAACAAAUUUCUUUCGAAUCAAUUAUACGGUUGUCUAGGGAAAUAACUCCGGCAUUUAGCAAACAUGUUAAUACGGAAAUAGUUUUGUCCGAGGUAAAAUUUGGUCUAGCAGACCUUUUAAGCAUGGCCAUAAAUUAACAACGAUUAAAAAAUAUAAUGCAGCAAAACAAAAUAAAUAUACAUCUCUAUUUGCAUUCACACGAAGAGUCAAGUUCAUCAUCUUACACCCAGAACUUUAAUUGUCCAAGAGAUUUACGAAUACUUUGUCAUAAUUUUAUUAUCUGAAUUUUUCGUUGUAAAUUUGCCAUUUCGUUUCCGCAUCCCAAGGUUGCACAUCCCAGCCAAUUGCACCAAGUUAACCACACAUUUCUUUUAUCUGUACAAACACGGAGUUCAUUUCCUUCGGGUGUGACAAAAUAUUGCAUUUAUCCAUUGCGAAAGAAUUCGCUAUCCUACUUUUCGAAUUUGCAAUUAAAUUUUCUGCCAUUGAGUCUAUACAUAGUUCCUGGCUGUAUACUUUAAGGCUAUAUUUAUCCAAGUCAUUGUGGUUAAUGCACUUUGUAUAUAUAUGUUUCUGAAUAAAAUGACUUCGCUCACCACGUAGAA